CGCUCUCUACGCCCCUUCUCGCCCGUGCGGCAGCAAAGGGCUCUAGGGACCCCCUCCCCGGCGUUAGGCGGGGGCGAAAGCCCAGGGCUGGCCCGGGACGGCUUGGCAGCGCCGCGGAGGCGGGGAGGGGAGGGAAAUCCCCUGGAUCCCCCGGCCUCCGCGCGGGAAGGCUCCGCGUUAGUCAGCGGGACCCCUCCCCUGUGCCGGCGCUCGGCUUCGCCACGGCAGCGCCGCUCCUCGCACAGGCCGGCCGCGCCGCCGACGGGACGCGGCGCCUCCGUGAGGCGCGGAGGCUGAGGGGGGGAUGGAGGGGCCCGCGCUGCACCCCGCGGGGCUCUGCGCCGCGGCCGCCCUCCCUCGGGGCGGCGAGGUGGGCUGCCGGCGGGCUGCGUGAGGCGGCCCGAGUCGCCCCGGGUGCUCCCGCCGCUCCCGCCCCGAGCGGGGAAUGAGAGGCGGCGCCGUGGGGCUGCCGGAGCCUGUUGGGACCCACCAUGCGGGAGCUGGCGAUCGAGAUCGGCAUACGGGUCCUGCUCUUCGGGGUCUUCGUUUUUACAGAAUUUUUGGAUCCAUUCCAGCGGGUUAUCCAGCCGGAAGAGAUCUGGCUAUAUAAAAAUCCUUUGGUGCAAUCAGACAACAUACCUACGCGUCUUAUGUUUGCAAUUUCAUUCCUUACACCACUAGCGGUCAUUUUUGUGGUGAAAAUAAUCCGGCGAACAGACAAGACUGAAAUUAAAGAGGCUUUCUUAGCUGUUUCCUUGGCUCUAGCUCUGAAUGGCGUCUGCACAAAUACUAUUAAAUUAAUAGUAGGAAGACCGCGUCCCGAUUUCUUUUACCGCUGCUUUCCAGAUGGAGUAAUGAACUCUGAAAUGCACUGCACAGGUGAUCCAGAUCUGGUGUCUGAAGGCAGAAAAAGCUUUCCGAGUAUCCACUCUUCCUUUGCAUUUUCAGGCCUUGGCUUUACCACCUUUUACUUAGCUGGAAAGUUACACUGCUUCACGGAAAAUGGCCGAGGGAAGAGCUGGCGACUUUGUGCAGCAAUUCUCCCACUCUACUGUGCCAUGAUGAUUGCCCUGUCACGUAUGUGUGAUUACAAACAUCACUGGCAAGAUGCUUUCGUUGGAGGGAUCAUUGGCCUUAUUUUUGCUUAUAUUUGCUACAGACAACAUUAUCCUCCUUUGGGUAAUACAGCUUGCCAUAAAUCUUACGUCAGCCUGCUAGAUCAGAACUCUGUGAAGAAAGAAGAGAGACCUACAGCAGAUAAUGCUACUGGCCUGCCUCUAGAGGGAAUAACUGAAGGUCCUGUAUGACUUUCAGAAAUGUGCAAAAAGAACUUUUAGCCAUCUCACAUUUCCUCCAAACUGGUCUCUUAACACGGUGUUUCCUACUGUAUGUGUUUUUUUCCUUUGUUUCGUUCCUUUUUAUAAAGAAAAAUGAAAUAUUUUGGGGUUUAUGCCAUAAUAUCAUCAUACUUUUAAAGUUAAAUUUUCAGUUCAUAGUGACUUACUGAAUUAUCUGUUUUCAGUCUACUGCAGAUAGAUAGACUACUUGGGGGAAGGGGAAAAAAAUGUUAAAAGCAAUCCCAUGUGGAGAAUGGUCGAGAAAGUAAUUUUAAGAUGUGGUUGAGGAUAUAGUAGAUCUGGAAACAGAUUUUCUGAAGUACUGAGUGACUCCUAGAAAGUUCUGGUCAUCUUCAGCACUCAUUGAUUUUCAAGGGUGAUGAGUACACACAGCCCUUUUCAUCAGAUGUUCAGCAUCUGUUGUGGCCAGCCAUUUCUUAAUAUAAUUUGAUAAACUGGGCAUCAUCGUUACGUCAUGUUGCCUUCUAACAUAAAAAUCUCCACGUGCUGGUAGAACUUUGCAUUAAUUGUCACAUUUUGACAGAGUCAUUCUGAGCUACUGAUGAUGAAGCAACCGAAAGGUAUGAAUGGUUAAGUGUUUGUAAGAGCCAAGCCCUGUGUACUAGUAGUUCCACAGGAUGAUGCUGUUGUUCAAGAUAUUCCACACUGUUAUAUGUUAUUGCAAGCUGAUAAUUUUAUGUUCAUAGGAUGGAUUAGAAACUUGGUAUUACAUCAUUAGCAAUUUUUUGAGACCUCUUGCAGUAAUUACCAUAAAAAAAAAAAAACAAAAAAAACCCACAAAAACCCAACAAACACCCAUGACAUUCAACAAGCUGAAGUCUUUAAAACAAAUUUUAAAAAAAACCCUAAAACUGUGAGGGUAAAGAAACGUGGUUUCUGUGAAUCUCAGUGUGCCAUGUUCAUUCUUGUGUAGUGACUCACUGCAGCAUUGGUGAUCUAAAGAAAUGCAGAUUUUCAUUUGUGACUUUGGGUGCACAACCAUGAACAUUUGUGGUGGUCUCCAGCACUGUAACAUAUCCAGGAGAAUGCUGGAGAUAGUUUUCCACCAGAUCCAUUUCACAUUUUCAGCUCAUCGUGUUCCUGAGCAUGGUGUUGGCGAAGGUUGGCUUGGUGCCUAACUGAAACUCACCUGAAUGAAAACACUGUUGGAAUGGAAAAGAUUAGGUGUAUGACUUUAAUCUAUUAUUGGUAGGAUCCUGUUUUGUUAUGUAUGCACUAUGCAGUAAACAUCACAUUCCUGUGAAACGAUGUACCUUUGGAUGGCAGAAUGUCAGAUUCCAGAAUUUUUUUUCCUUUGAUAUCCUGUGAAAAUGCAGGCAAAUGUUCCAGACCACAUCUUGGCAGUUGAACAUUUAUUAGCCAAGGCUGCUGGUUAAAGCAAUCAAGAUAGCACUGAUCAAUGACCAUUAUUAUGGUGCUUUAGACUGGAGGAGACUGCUGCCAUAACUAUAAUUUAUGUGUUCCUGUUGGAAUAUGUAUUGGCCUUGUAGGCAUUUUGUGAUUCAAACAGCUCAAUGUCUUUAUGUAAUGCUUGUCAUUUACUUUUCUCAAAGGUAAGCUUUGUAGAUUUUUUGGGAAAAGCUACUUCCUGAUUGGCAACACUUGAAUUUUUACAGAGAGCAAGUAAAUUAGAAUGUAAUAGGCAUGAACCCAGGAGGGUUCUGUAGGAAUUAGGCCUGAUCUACUUGUAAAACUGAUAUCAAUUUGUCCAUGUCAGUUGGAGACAGGAUUUUUUACUCACAGUUACAUUAUUCUGAGCUCUAGAAUAGAGAUGGUUACCCAAACAUAACAGUGUUUUUGCUGGUGUAUAUAUGCUAGUUCACAAAGCAUCAGCAAAGCAAAAUUAUUCUGGCAUUGCAUUUGCACUGGAUUUGACAGAACACUUCUCCAGUGUAACUGAGGUCUUAUUCUAGAAAUCCACACAGUUUAGUGGAGGUAUAAUCUUUCUAUAAAGUUUUUUAAACCAUCCUACAGAAUUGAGUAACAGGGAUAUAAUUUUCUAUUGCUUCAUGUGGGAGGAUUAAUGAAUGAAAGCCCUAGAGUAAGGGUAUCAUGUCUUUACAUUGUACAGGGCUUAGCCAUUAGCUUUUUCUUUCAGCAGGAACCCUGGUCUUGCAGGUUAUAUGCAAAUGUUAAAAAAAAAACAAACAAACUUAAAAUUAGAACUUCAAUACUGAUGCAUAGAGCAUUUUGCAUGUUUUUUAUAUAGAUCUGGCUUAUUCUUAAAAAUGAGUGCAUCCUCCUAACUGUGCUGUACACAUUCCCAGUAUUUUAAUGGCUUUUGAUACGAACAAGCUAUUUUCUUUGGGAUGAGGAAAGCUUAUACAGCUCUCAAAUGAGUAGUGGCUGUUAAAAGGUUGGAACAUGAAGUGUAAUGCAGCCUAAAUAUAUUGCAAGAGUAGUAGUUGGUGAACUUCGCAAAGCAGUAAAGAAUAACAUUUUAAUGGGAACAAUUAAAUUUAAAGUCAUAAAAUAGACAAUGUAAAAGCUUUUAUUAAAAUGUAAUUAAAAUUAUGAAAGACUUAAUGAAGUGGAGGGAUCUGUAGGCAAUGUUAAUUACCAGUGCAGAGUCAGUGUAGGGAAGGCAUUUUUGUGGAUCAGUGUAUUUUAAUCUCAUGCUUUCUCAGUGUGAAGGAAAUGUAAUGUUGUAACGCACCAAUAAAACAACACAACAAUGUGGGUUUGUACAUCUGUGUGUCGUCAUUGUUUUGAGAAGAAUAAAAGUUAUCAAGUUAAUUUCA